AUGUAUGUAUGUCCUUUUUAUUUCAGGAUUAUGCCAUGUAACUUGUGCUUAUAGUAUUUGUAAUAUGAAGAUCAAACGCUAUGCAGUGUUCGUGACUCCAAAGCAGCCCAUGUCCACAUGGACAAUUAUCUUAGUUUGGUUUUGCCUUUUGCAACCAACUUACCUAAAAACGGAUGUCCGCGAACCAACCGAGCAACAGCAACAGCAACAACAUCAACGAGCACAUCAUCAUCAUCAACGCAUUAGUAGUAAUGAGGCAGCAGCGUCAUCAGCGACAACAACAUCACUGCAUAGCACUGCAAACUAUAUCACAUUGAAUAAUAAGUACAAAUUCCGACAUAAAUUGUACAAUGCCACCAUACCCGAGAAUAGUGUGGGCAAAACAUAUGCGAUACCAUUGGCACAUGAAGAUAUAAUGGGCAUUGCCAUUAUACCGGGCGCUGAGGUUAAGUAUCGCAUCGUAGCAGGAGAUCGUGAUAAGCUAUUUAAAGCUGAAGAACGUAUAGUUGAUGACAUUGCAUUUCUAGCUAUACGCACAAGAACUAGCAACGUUGUGCUAAAUCGUGAAAAGAAUGAAGAGUAUUUGUUGAAAGUAAGAGCGAUGAUCAAAUAUAAUCUGGGUGAUGAUUAUAUGGGUGAUGAGACGGAAACUACAAUACAUAUACGUGUAUUGGAUCGUAACGAUUUAAGUCCGCUCUUCUAUCCGAUUGAGUAUUCACAAAUCGUGCCGGAAGAUAUGCCAAUACACAGGAGUAUCUUGCGUGUUUCUGCGGAGGAUGCAGAUUUGGGUAUAAAUGGCGAAAUCUACUAUAGCUUUUUAAUCGAUAAUGAAUACUUUUCGAUACACCCGACGACUGGAGUAAUUACGUUAAAUAGGCAGCUAAGAUAUACAGAAAGUUCCCAUUAUAAUUUAACAGUGCUUGCGAAUGAUCGCGGUGCUGCCAUUAAUCAUUAUAAUCAUCAAUCGAGUAAGGCGAAAGUAUCCAUAACAGUAGAACAAGUUAAUUUACACACUCCAGAAAUAUAUUUUAAGACUUUUUCCAGUAUAACGUCGAAUUUUAGUUCUAAUAUUUAUGGUAUAGUUAAGGUCAGUGACAAUGACACUGGCAAACAUGGCGAAAUAAAUAAGUUACAAAUUGUUGAUGGUGAUCCCGAUGGGAAUUUCAUUAUCACACCCACGCCUAAUAUCGGCGAAUAUUAUAUAGAAAUAAACAAGUUUGCUAGACUAAAUGAUUCCAUGAAAUAUAAUCUCACACUAAGAGCCGAAGAUAAGGGCGUACCCAUGCGGCAUUGCUAUAAAACCAUUCCAGUACACUUCAUUAAGGAACGAAAUAACGCACCAGUAUUUACUAAGCAUUUAUAUGAAAUCUCAAUACCCGAAACAUCGCCACCAAAUAUGCCUGUCAUACGACUGAAAGUGACUGAUCCCGAUUUGGGUAAGAAUGCCAUGGUCUAUUUAGAGAUAGUGGGCGGCAAUGAGGGUGGUGAGUUUAGAAUAAAUCCCGAUUCGGGCAUGUUAUACACACAAAAGACACUCGACGCCGAAAGCAAAUCUUUCUACACACUCACUGUCUCUGCCAUUGACCAGGCUAAUCUCGGCUUCCGUAAACAAUCAUCGGCGAAGGUGAAAGUGAAUAUACAGGAUAUGAAUGAUAAUGAUCCCAUAUUCGAACCGAUGAAUACGACCAUCGAAUUGGAUGAGAAUGAAAUGGCUGGCGCUUUUGUGGUCAAGUUGACAGCGCGUGAUAGAGACAGUGGCGAGAAUGCAUACAUAUCAUAUAGUAUAGCUAAUCUGAAUGAGGUACCCUUUGAAAUAGAUCAUUUUACGGGGGAACUAUUGAUAUUUUGCUUAAAUGCCUCGGAUGCUGAUAUAGAGAAUAACGCUAAAAUAACCUACAUAAUGCAGACUGAAACGCGAGAUUUUUACGUGAAUAUCACUACAGGUUGCAUUUAUUUGACAAACGCGCUGGAUCGUGAGAAAUUGGAUACAUAUGAAUUGCACAUAAUAGCCAAGGAUAAUGGCGAGCCAUCGCUCAGCGCCGAAGCAGUGAUAAAUAUACUCGUAGAGGACAUCAACGAUAAUGCGCCAAUAUUUGGUGUACAGGAAUUCAUAUUCAAAGUACGUGAAGACAUACCGCGCGGCACUGUGGUAGCAGCAAUCGAAGCGACUGAUGUGGAUAUCGGACCGAAUGGUGAAAUAUUUUUCUCUAUAAAAGAGGAUCUCGUCGUUGAGGAACUAUUCAAAAUCGACAAGCACACGGGAGUUAUAAGAACCUUAGGCUAUCUGGACUAUGAAAAACGGCAGGUGCACAAUUUAAUUGUGAGCGCCAUAGAUCGCGGUACACCUUCACUAACCACGGAUAUGCCAGUUGUGAUUGAGAUCAUCGAUGUGAAUGAGAAUAGGUUUGCGCCGGAAUUCGAUGAUUUCGUGUAUACGGGGAAGGUGAAAGAGAAUCUGCCGGAGCGUAGUUUCGUAAUGAAUAUAACUGCCAAAGAUGCAGACACAAAUGGACCGGAUUCGAAGAUUUCCUAUAGCAUACGUGGCGGUGAUGGGCUGGGAGUGUUUGCGGUGAACGAUGAAGGUAUAAUACGCACCUUGUCUCAUUUGGAUGCCGAAACAAAAUCUAGCUACUGGCUUACGCUUUGCGCUCAAGAUCACGCUAUUAUACCGUUAAGCAGUUGUGUGCAGGUCAACAUUCAGAUGGAGGAUGAGAACGACAAUGUGCCGCUGACUGAUAAACCAGUCUAUUACGUGUCGGUUUUGGAAGGUAGUCCAGAGAAUACACCGGUUAUUCAACUAAAUGCUUUCGACAAUGACAAAAACCCAGCUCAGUUCUUCACUUAUCGCAUAACGUCGGGAAAUCCGGAAGGUUUCUUUGAAUUAAAUUCAACUACAGGUGAUCUAACAACCACGGAAAGAAAAUUGGAUAGAGAAAACCAAGCAGAGCAUAUAUUAGAGAUUUCCAUUUCUGACAACGGCACACCCACUCUGACUUCUACCACAAGAGUUGUGGUUACAGUGGAAGAUAUCAACGAUCAUAGCCCAGAAUUCGAGCAGCGUUUUUAUAAAAUUCAAGUUCCCUCAACUGUAGAUAUAAAUGAAACGAUUUUCCAGGCUCGCGCAAUAGAUAAUGAUAUCGGCGAAAAUGGACGCAUUACUUACUAUAUCAAAUCGGGUAAGGGCAAGAAUCGUUUUCGCAUGGAUCCCGAUACAGGUUUCAUUUAUUUGAUGAAACCACUCGAAAACGAUGCAGAAUAUGAUUUGAAUAUACGCGCUGAAGAUAAUGGAAAUCCGAAACGUAGUCAAAAUGCCAAAUUAAAUAUAGUCGUCAUAUCUAUAUCUACGAAUUCACCACACGCACCCACUAUAAAGGCAGAUGAUAGUCGUAUAGAUGUAACGGAAAGUGAUAGGCCAGGUUUUUUGGUGGCGCUUGUGCAGGCGAGUGAUGAGGACAACGAUCAUUUGUGGUAUAACUUGACUGGUGGCAACGAACGCAAUGAAUUCUACAUUGGUAAGGAUAACGGUCACAUUUUACUAUCGAAAAGUUUGGAUCGUGAGACACAGGAUUCGUACAACUUAACCGUUAGCGUUACCGAUGGCACACAUAUCACUAACACCAAUUUGUAUAUACACGUUGUCGACAUCAACGAUAAUCGUCCGCAAUUCACACAAGAUAUAUACUAUGUAAAUAUAUCCGAGAAUAUCGAAGAGGAAGCCAUUAUUAUGCAACUGCAUGCAACAGAUAAAGAUGAAGAUAAUAAAAUUUUCUACACACUCCAUGCCGCACAAGAUCCAUCGUCGCUCGCAUUAUUUCGUGUAGACUCCAUCAGUGGCAAUGUGCUGGUCACACAACGUUUGGAUUAUGAAAAGAAUAGGCAUCACACUUUGAUAGUAAUCGCUAAGGAUCAAGGUACUCCCGCCAAGCGAAAUUAUGCGAAAAUCGUGAUAACCGUGCAUGAUCAUAAUGAUCAUCAUCCAGAAUUUAUGAGCAAAAUUGUGCAAAGUAAGGUGCCGGAGAGCGCAGCGAUCGGUUCAAAGGUGGCCGAGCUAACCGCUUUGGACUUGGAUAGUGGUAAAAAUGCUGAAGUGAAAUAUUCCAUUAUAACUGGUAAUAUUGGCAAUACUUUUGAAAUUGAUUCAACGAUGGGUAUUGUUACGUUGGCCAAGAGAUUGAAUAUUAAUAAAAUGCAAGAAUAUAUGUUGCAAAUCAAGGCCACAGAUCUCGGCGAACCACCGCUCUCCUCACAAAUGCCGCUACACAUUAUUGUGACUAUGUCCGAAAAUGAUCCGCCCAUCUUCAUGGCGCCAUUGAAUGUGAUUGAAAUCUAUGAAAGCAUACCCGUUGGCACAUUUGUUUGCCAAGUAGAGGCACGUUCUUCAUCAUCUGUUUUCUAUGAGAUAGCGAAUGGCGACGAAGGCGAUAGCUUUCGUAUCAAUCCCUCGACCGGUGUGAUAACGGCGAAUGACAUCAUUGAUUAUGAGAAGAAUAAAUCAUUUAAUCUAACCAUUAUCGCAACGAAUAUGGCAUCAGCUACUUCCACGCACAAUAUAAUCAUUCACAUUUUAGAUAUUAACGACAAUGAACCAUAUUUCGAAAAAACUACAUACAAUGGCACCAUUUCGGAGGUUGCUAAAGUUGGUUCCUUCGUAUAUCGAAAAAAUGAUCCACAAAAGAGACCACUUCUAUUAACAGCAAAGGAUUUAGAUGAAGGCGUUAACAGUAUGAUUGAAUUUACAAUUUUAAAUAAUCAAGCUAAGGAAUAUUUCGAAAUCGAUUCCUCUACGGGAGCUAUUAAACUGUUAAAACAAGUGGACUAUGAAAAAAAUAAAUAUUUUCGAUUUGACGUUAUGAUUAACGAUUUGGGCACACCAAAAUUAUAUGCCAAAUAUCACUCAAGUAUACAUAUCGAUGUUGAAAAUAUCAACGAUUGCCCGCCGGUUUUCAAUAAAAACUACAUGAAUGUCACCCUGUAUCAACCCACAUAUGAAAAUAUCAUGAUAGGUGAAGUGAAUGCUACCGAUGCCGAUUUGGAUGAAAAUACGAAAAUACGUUAUGACAUUAUUGAUGGAAAUCCAGAUGGUUGUUUCGAAAUCGAUGCUACAACGGGAAUCGUAACGACAAGGGACAUAACGCGUUUGGACACAUUUUAUACCCUACACAUUCGCGCUUCCGAUGGCCUAUAUUCGGCUAUUGCACAAAUUGAUAUAAACAUUGAAACCCUAACCACACCAGGCUUUGUUUUCCAAAAACCAUUCUACACAUUUUCAACAAUCGAAAAUUCUUCCAAAAUUGUCACAGUAGGGCUGGUUAAUGUUGUGGGUAAUCUACUGCAUGAAAAUAUCGAAUUCACCAUUCUGAGUCCCACAAAAAUGUUUGUCAUCGGCAAGACAUCGGGUGCUAUAAAAACGACCGGUUUACCUUUUGAUCGCGAAAGUCAAGACAGUUACACAAUAGUGGUCGAAGCACGCUCUUUACUGUUAUACGAAAAAUACAAACAGAUGCGGCGUGCUAUUGUGCGUGUUGAAAUAUCCAUACUCGAUGUGAAUGACAAUUGUCCAAUCUUCGUGAAUUUACCUUAUUAUGCCACACUAUCUGUUGAUGAUGCCAAAGGUACAGUGAUAACAAAGGUGAAGGCUGUGGAUUUGGAUAGUUAUGAAAAUGGUGAAGUGCGUUACGAAAUGAAGAAAGGAAACGGUGAGCUUUUCAAAGUGGAUCGCAAGUCGGGUGAAUUGGUGUUGAAGCAAAAUAUCGAUGGUAGUACCAGAGUGUACGAUUUGAUUAUCGCUGCAUACGAUGGUGCAAUUUCUCCGUGUUCUACAGAUGCAGCGGUUAACAUAAAGGUUGUUGACCGCUCUAUGCCCACGUUCGAUAAACAAUUUUAUUCCGAUGUCGUAAAGGAAAAUGCCGAACUAUUUUCAGCACUCUCCAUAGCAAUACUGGCCGAAAGUCCGCUUAAACGGAAAUUAAUUUAUACAAUAUCCAGCGGAAAUGAGGACGAAGUAUUCGAAAUUGAUUACCGAACUGGCGUCAUUUACAUCGUUAACGAGUUGGAUUAUGAGACAAAGCAAAGCCACGAAUUUAUGGUGCGUGCCACCGAUUCGCUCUCUGGUAUCUAUGCCGAGGUAACGGUGUCAAUAAUUGUCGAAGAUGCCAAUGAUUGUUAUCCAGAAAUCGAACAAGCCAAUUACAACAUUACCAUAUCUGAAAAUCUCAUAAUCGGUUCACAAAUAAUGAAAGUGAAUGCAACCGAUUGUGAUGCGAAUGCAAAUAGCGAAUUAUCAUAUUUUAUUGAUAGCGUCGAUGGUAAAAAUAACUCUGCACUCUUUUACAUCGACAUGUCAGAGGGAUAUCUAUAUUUGAAAAGUAAUUUAGAUGCCGAAGAAAGUACUUACCAUCACAUCAUACUGGUGGUGAAAGAUCAUGGUACGCCAUCGUUAAGUUCGCGAGCAAAUGUAUGGAUUACAGUAAGGGAUCUCAAUGAUAAUUUUCCAAAAUUUACGGAGGCUUCCUUCUCGAGUCGUCUAUCAGUGAAUGCACAACGUGGCCAAUUCGUUAUCAAUGCAAGAGCCUAUGAUCCCGAUCAUGAAGAUAACGAUCGGCUUAAAUAUCGUAUAAUCGACGGCAAUGAAUUGCAAACGUAUACGAUUAAUGAAAAUAAUGGCAUUAUCACGCUACAAAAUAUGCAAAAUUUCACGGAUCAUCAUCAGACUCUGCUAAAUGUUUCCGUUAGCGAUGGUGUACACACAACUUAUGCGAGGGUAAAAAUCAUACUUAUGCCGGAAAAUAAUCAUGCACCAAAGUUUUUGAAAUCGAGCUAUGAGGCGAGUGUGAGGGAAAAUGAGGCAGCUGGAAAGAAUAUCGUUUUGCUUCAUGCAUACGACGCUGACUUUGGACGCUUUGCUAAACUCACUUAUGAUCUGGUCUCAGAAGAAUUCAAAGAGUAUUUCGAAAUUGAUGGCAGCAAUGGUUCCAUUACAACCAAAGUGGCAUUUGAUCGGGAGCAACGCGCUUUCUACGACGUACUAGUGCGGGUCUCUGACGAAGGUGGCAAGGCAGAUUAUGCUCUCUUGAAAAUCAAAGUUGAAGAUGUAAAUGACAAUAGUCCGCGCUUCAUGGUUAAGGAAUAUAAACUUGUAGUUAAUGUCGAUACACCAAUUAAUUUCACACUUUUGAAGGUAAAAGCAUUCGAUAUAGAUGAGCAUGAUAACGCGCGUUUAACGUACACAAUCGACGAGUCGACAGUGGCGGAAACUUACAAAGAUAUAUUCGCUAUCAAUGAGCACGAUGGUGCUUUGAGCCUGCUGAGACCUAUAACAGAGCUCGCCAACAAUGUCGCGCAGUUCUUUGUGCGCGCUCUGGAUCGUGGCAGCCCCCAGUUCCACAAUGAUGUGCCUGUUACAGUGCAAUUCAUCAGCGCCAAUGUUACCGUACCGGAAUUUGAAAAGCGUUCCGUUGAACUGCACGUUUUAGAAUCCACGCCACCGGGUUCCGUCUUGACAAAACUACGGCUUUCCGGAAAUUAUUCUGUGAAAUUUUCAAUACCAAUUGAAAGUCGAAAGUUUUCGAUUUCCGAAAAUGGUGAAGUAAUACUCAUGCAAACGCUCGAUCGCGAAGUGAACGAUGUACACUAUAUGAUUGCCAUGGCGGAGACAGAAACUAUACCGCCUCUUUUUACCUUUUGCGAAAUCCACAUACAAGUGCUGGAUGAAAACGAUAAUUCACCAAAGUUUGAUAGUCGCGAGUACAAUGUGCAUGUAGGCGAGAAUAUCGACAAAGUCGCCUCGAUCAUAAAAAUCACAGCGACCGAUAUGGAUACAGGAUCGAAUGGGGAUAUUCGCUAUUAUCUGGAAGACGAAACAAAUACUGCAUCGAAUGUUUUCGACAUCGAUAUCUACACUGGUUGGAUAACCUUGCUGAGCGCACUGGAUAGGGAAACCCAAUCGGAGUACCACUUCAAUGUGCUCGCAACUGACAAUGGCCAACCGAAGCAUGUGUCGAAGGUGCCUGUGACCAUCAAGAUCAUCGACUACAACGACAAUCCCUCGCUUUUCAAUCAGGACAAAUUCGAGAUCGCAGUGCAAGAGAACGCGCUGCCUGGCACCAUUUUGAAAUAUUUCCUGAUUACCGAUCUGGAUGCCGAGAAGAGCAUAACGAGCUUUUACAUAAUGAGUGGUGAUAAAUUUUCGCAAUUCCAAAUUGGUAAAACCGGUGAACUCUUUGUGGCUAAGCCACUGGAUAGAGAGGCUAUCGCAGCUUAUAACUUGCAUGUACUUGUAACGGAUGGCAAGUUUGUGGCCACCACUGAGGUGGUGAUAACGGUGCAGGAUGUGAAUGAUAAUGUGCCGAUUUGUAUGACGCCGCGCUACACUUUGAGAAUUAACGAAUCUGUGAUAGCGGGUACGCCCCUAAUACAAAUCGACGCAUUGGAUCUGGAUGAGAAUGGCGGUAACCAGUUACGUUACUAUUUGACAGGCAAUCGCUCAGAUGAUUUCUUCAUCGAAAAAGACACUGGCACCUUGCGUGUGGCUAAGCCGAUAGAUAGAGAGACGCAUGCGCGUUAUAUUUUAACUGCGCAUGCGCAAGACGGCCAAGAGCUGCUGCAGGUAUGCACCUCUGAGUUGAUUAUCAUCGUCAAUGAUCUCAACGAUAAUCGACCAGAGUUCUCAAUGGCACAGUAUAUAGUAAGCAUACCCGAGGAUGCGCCUGUCGGCACCAUUGUGACCAAAGUGCAUGCGACCGAUAAGGAUUUCGGCCUCAAUCGCAAGAUCAUUUACUCAUUCCUUGAAGAGCAGCCGAACUUUAGCAUCUCACGCACGAGUGGCAUUAUAAAACUCUCGAAAAGUUUAGAUCGUGAAAGCAUUUCCAUAUUCAACAUCUCUAUUAAAGCGGUGGACUGUGGCAAUCCCAAGCAGUUAACAAUCACAAGGCUCAUCAUCAACGUGCUCGAUAUUAACGAUAAUCCACCAGAAUUCAGUACGCGCGAGUAUCGCACGUAUGUGUACGAGAAUGCCACACUCAACUCGGAGGUGGUGCGCAUCUUUGCGACCUCAAAGGACAUAGGCGUCAAUGCGGAGGUGCUGUACUUCAUUGUGGGCGGCAAUGAGCAUAAUAAGUUCAGCAUUGAUUCCAAGACGGGCAGCGUAUAUGUAAAUGAUGAUUUGGAUUAUGAACGCACAAAGGCUUACUUUCUCACCGUGCAAGCGAUUGAUGGCGGUACGCCACCGCUCAGCAACAUAGCUUCGGUGAAUAUUUCGGUCCUGGAUGUCAACGAUAAUCGCCCGAAAUUCACGCAGAAUACGUAUCGUGCGAAAGUGCGGGAGGAUGCAUCUAAAAUGAAAAGGAUCCUACAGGUAUUGGCUACCGAUGCGGACUCGGGCCAAAAUGGCAUCAUACGCUAUAAUAUAGAGCGUGGCGAUCAGCUCAAUCAGUUCGCCAUAGAAGACUUCUCUGGUCAGAUAAUCGUCAUCAAUGCGCUGGAUCGUGAGUUAAAUGCCAAUUACUUGCUAGAGGUGAAGGCCUGCGACAAUGGCGUGCCUGAGCUAUGCAACUAUGUGCGCAUCUAUGUGGAUAUUAUGGACGUGAACGACAAUCCGCCGCUCUUCCGCCAGCAAAAUUACAGCGUAGUAUUGCAGGAGAACAAGCAGUUGGGCUAUAAUGUGCUGCCAUUCGAAAUCACCGAUGCCGAUGAACCGCCGAACACGUCGCCCUACACCUUCGAUCUUCGCAGCGGCAAUGAUGGCGGUUUCUUUCGCAUCGAGCAAGAUGGCUGGCUGCGUACUGCGGCGCGUUUUAAUCACAAAAUCUGCGACAUUUACACGCUGCAGGUGCGCGUCUUUGACAAUGGCACGCCGCCGCUCUAUUCGGACGCCUGGGUGCAUGUGCGCAUCAUCGAAGAGAGCCAAUAUCCGCCUGUGAUAACACCGUUGGAGGUUACUGUGAAGUCUUAUGACGACGAUUAUAUCGGUGGUUUCUUGGGUCGCAUACAUGCGAGCGAUCAGGAUAAGUAUGACAAUUUGAUAUACGCGCUGACGCCCACCAGCGGUGAGUCGUUCGUGACCAAGCAACUUUUCAAUAUAUCACAAAAUAACGGUUCCCUGUACGCCAUCAGCAACCUCGAUGUGGGCAUGUAUCGCAUUAACGUAACAGUCACCGAUGGCAAGUUUACAGCGCAUGCAGUUAUCAAGCUGAAUGUGGAGCUUAUAACGGGCGAUAUGACACGCAAUGCAGUUGUGAUAAGUUUUCGCAAAGUUACGCCCGAAGCGUUCAUACUGAGUCAUCGUAAAGGUUUCAUACGCGCUUUGCGCGCCAUACUACGCUGCCGCCAGAAAGACAUCACCAUCAUUGCCAUACAAACGGCCUCGAGCCAUGCCACUUACAAGGAACCCAACGAUUCGGAAAAUGUCAUGCUGGAGCGGAGUAAGCGUCAGACGCCUAUGGCUGCCGAUAAUUUGAAUAUUUUAUUCGCAGUACGCAAGCAACAAAUUACGCCCAGCUCAGAGGAGUAUUUCACCACAGCCGAGGUGCGCGCAGUGCUGGUGAAUUUCAUUGACGACAUCGAGGACGCCACCAAUCUGGUGGUGGAAGAGAUAAUGGCGCCUACCUGUGCGCGCAAUAUUUGCAUGCAAGGUGACUGCUUCAAUCGCAUACGCCUCAAUAAGCGCAAGUUAAAUACGUACUCCACAGAUGUCGCCAGCUUCGCCUCGCCCACGUACAAGCACGCCAACGAAUGUCAAUGCAAGCAAGGCUAUGGUGGACGCAUCUGCAACGAGCCGAUAAACGCCUGCUCAUCGGACCCUUGUCCGCCGGAGAAGUCAUGCUGGCCCGCCAACACUACUGUCGGCUACCAGUGCAUCUGUCCGCAAGGUUACACCGGUCAUGCCUGCGACAGCAAAUCGUCGCUAUCGAAAUGUCCACACGGCAACUGCAGUGCGCGUUUCACCUCGGUCUCCUUCAGCGGCAAGAGCUAUGCGCACUACAAGAUCAACAAGGCUGUGGCGAAGUCUAUACUCGAGCAGGAGUUUGUCUAUUCGCUGAAGAUACGCACUGUGCAGCAAACGGGCACGUUACUCUUUUCCAGCGGCCGCAUCGACUAUCACAUACUGGAGAUCUUCAAUGGCGCUGUGCAAUAUCGCUUCGAGCUGGGCUCGGGCGAGGGAAAAAUAUGUGUCUCAAGCAUUUACAUUGCCGAUGGCGAGUGGCAUACCAUUACGCUGGAACGCAUAUUGAAUAGCGCCAAGCUGACGGUGGACAACAAGCACGUCUCGCAGGGCAGUGCGCCAGGCGUCAAUGGCAUACUAAACAUACAAUCGAGUGAUAUUUUCGUUGGCGCUGAAGUGAAACCGCAUCCCUCCAUCAUCGGCUUCGAGGACAUACAGAAGGGUUUCAUUGGCUGCAUGUCAGACAUCAAAAUUGCGCUCGAUCCACUACCACUAUACAUAUCGGGUGGCAGCUCUGUGGCGGCGCUAAAGCGUUUCACAAACGUCGAGUUCACUUGUGAUCCGACGAGCGUGCUCGUACAGCUGGGCAUUUGUGGCGCACAGCCUUGCCUCAACGGCGGCAUCUGCAUCGACUUGGGCGAGAAUAAAUUCAAGUGUACCUGUCAUUCACGUUUCACCGGUCAGAUGUGUGAGAUGGAUAUGGAUCCGUGCGCCUCGGCGCCCUGUCUGUACGGCGGCCGCUGUGAGGUGCACGAGUUGGGCAAUUACACGUGCGCAUGUCCGCUGCACUUAUCGGGGCACCGCUGCGAAUAUGGCAAAUAUUGUUCGCCCAAUCCAUGCAAAAAUGGUGGCGUUUGCGAGGAGGGCGAUGGCACACCGCACUGCAUGUGCCGUGGCUAUACCGGGCCAACGUGUGAGAUCGACGUGAAUGAAUGUGAUAAUCAUCCGUGUGGCAAUGGUGCCACCUGCAUCAAUGAGGCUGGUAGCUUUCGCUGUAUUUGCCCAUCUUAUCUUACAGGCGCCAGUUGUGGCGAUCCAUUAUAUUCCAAUUCGAUUUCUACAAAGUUAAAGAAUCUCUCAAUGGAGCAGCUUGCUGGCAUUGUGGUGGGCAUAGUGUUCAUUAUCAUAGUUAUACUUGUGGCCUUCUGUUGUAUAGUCAUUCGGAAGAGCAGUAAUACAACCGGCCAAAAUUCAACGAGUAAGGAUCCAUAUAAGGGUGAGAAUUUGAAUUCGCUUGUCUGUAAGGAAAAAUACGCCAAGAAUAUCGCUAAGAUGAGCAAUUUGGAGAUAAACCAGCGACCAAUGAGUUAUACAGCAUCGACAAAUGAUAACUUGUACACUGGUCACACUACCUUCGUGAAUAACUUGGACAUAUUGCGCAGCUACGGUUCGGCGGGUGAUGAGCUGGAAAACAUUCCAUUCGAAUAUCAAAAAAUCAAUCGAAAUAAUGAGCAUGUAAAUCUAAACGAUUCUGAUCCCGUACAGAAGCGCGACUGGACUGAGCAAAUGCAUUUGAAGACGUUCAGCGAGAAUAAGCUUAACAAUGAAAAACUCGAUUAUGCCGCUUUAAAAACCGGUUGUAGCAAAAUGAUACAAGUAACAGUGCCAAAUGUAUGUCAUUCACCUUAUACCGAUUAUCCAACGGUCAAUCAUGGUCAAUAUCAUUGGGACUGUUCGGAUUGGGUACGUAAAAGCCAUAAUCCAUUGCCGGAUAUAACAGAGGUACCUGGUGCUGAGAUUGCCGACUCAUCGAGCUUCCAUAGUAAUGAUAGCAAUGAAUCUAAGCCAAGGCGUACCUAUGCAAUGCAAAGUAUGUGCGUUGGUGUUGAUCCUACUCGAGAUAUUGUAACUUUAAAUGAAGACUUAACAUCCGAAUGCAUCGACUCUGAACUCGAGAGUUGUAUGCGACCUUUCGAACUGCCGCUUAUUAAUAAUGAUGAUGUUUCAAGACUGAGCCCCCAAAUUAACUUUGAGAAUGAAGACUUCAUUACAAAUCCAGUGCCUUCAACAUAUGAUCCUAUGAACUCAUGUAACGCAUACUUACGGCAUCCAGAUUCAUAUUUACCUCCAUUUAAUGUACCCAGUGAAACUGAAGGUGAAAGUUCAAGCACUGAGGUAUUUUCAAAAGCCACCAGUGAAAUGCUACCCAGAAGAAAAUUAAGUGACAAAUCGGAAGAAAUUUAUGUGUUCAGAAAUCUCCACUCGAAAAAUGGAUCAAAUAGCGACCUAUCGGUUCACUUGUGUGAAAUUGAAGAUUCCGAAUUAGAGGAAUUUUUACCAAGCUCAUCAAAAGACGUUAAUAAUAGAUAGAAAAAGUGGGAACCCUCGAUCGUAAAUUGCAUUUAAUUGUAUAAAAGAAAUAUUUUUAUAAGAUCUUCAUACUUAAAAAAAAAUGAAAUGACCCAAA